UGUAAAUUGCUAAGUCCUCAUUCAGCAUCAGUACAAAAUGACUUGGCCAACAAACAAUAUUUAUUUCCUUUUGAUAUUUAGUGUGUUUUGGGUUUUACUGCAUGCACAAGAAAAUGCCACAGAACAUGUUCUAAGUACGAAAGACACUGUGCAAACAAGAAUGAUCACUUACUGCACUACACAAGAAGGUGAAAAAGGAUUCUGCAUGCCUUUAUCAAACUGUUCAAAUCUGAUUGGGCUAGCUGAUAAGACAGAGGCUGAAAAGUACUUAAAAAAAUCAAUGUGUGGGCCAAAAAAAGACGACCCCGGAAAUCCGAUGGUUUGCUGUGGCACGCGUAAACAUUCCGAUGUGUUUCCAAAAAUCUGCGGGAAGCAAAACGUUACAAUAAGAGCUAGGGUAGUGGGAGGCAAGGAAGCUCAGAUAGGCGAGUUUCCGUGGUUAGCAAGAUUAAUACACAAGAGAGAUUUUAAAAAGGCUGGAUGUGCAGGAUUUCUAAUAACAUCCAAAUAUGUAGUAACCGCAGCUCAUUGCUUGACGUCAGAUUUGAUCGAAAACCUUGGACCAGUAUUUGAAGUUCAGUUAGGCGAACACAAUACUAAAACAAAAAUUGACUGCGACUCACACAAUAAGACUUGUGCACCGAAACCGCAAGUAAUUAGAGUAAAGGACGUAAUAUCGCACCCCAAGUACGAUGAAAACUCCAGACAACAUUACCAUGACAUUGGCUUGAUUCAGCUGAAAAAAGCUGCAAAAUUUACUUCCCAUGUCGCGCCUAUUUGCCUACUCGAGCAAUUAGAUCUUGUACCGUUCGAGUACUGGCUAAGUGGCUGGGGUCUCACUAAUCAUUCUGAUUCCAAUUCUCACAGUAAUAUUAAAAUGAAAGUAUCGGUUCCACCUGUUCCUCAUCUAAACUGUUCGCUGAAGUACCAAAGUGUGGAUAUGCAUCUGAACAAUAAGCAGUUUUGUGCGGGCGGGCAGAAAGGCAAAGACAGUUGUUCUGGAGAUUCUGGAGGACCGUUAAUGUUGGUCAAAAACAGAAAUCAGUGGUUUGCUGCCGGGGUUGUGAGUUAUGGGAUGGGCUGUGGCAAAAAGGACUGGCCGGGAGUUUACACCAACAUCACCAGUUACACCAAGUGGAUUAGAAAAACAAUUCUAACGAAUGGAGAAAAAAAGAAAAAGUCCAAUGCCAAGCACUGACCAAAGUAUUUUCUAAUUUUUAAUAUUUUCAAAGUUGAAUAAAGAAUGUGAAAAGCCUC